AGGGCCCAGGGGCCAGGCCAGUGCCCACCAGCCCUAGGGUCACGCGGUGCCUCUUGCCCUGCACAGGACAGAUGGGAACAGGCGUGAGCCCCCAGACCCAAGGGGAGGGGUCGAGGACCCACCCUCUAGGGAGCGUCUGAGGAUGGAAGCCGGGGUGUAAACGCCCAGCUCUUGUCCCCAGAUCCAAAGGAGCUUGUGCACGCAGUUGCCUCGCCCCGGGGCCUCGGGAUCCUGUGCUCCCCCCCGGGGGCCUCAGCGUUGGGUUUGCCUGGUUCAACGUGGAUUUCAGGAGGCAACACGUUUGAGACCCACAUCAUUGGGGGUCGAGAGGCUGCCCCGAACUCACACCCAUACAUGGUUUCGCUGCAGAAAUCCGGCUCCCACCUGUGUGGGGGGGUCCUCGUGAACCGGCAGUGGGUGUUGACAGCUGCCCACUGCCUGAUCCAUCCGACACAGCUGCUGAGGCUGGUGCUGGGGCUCCACGUGCUCGGAGACCCUGCCCUUACCUGCCACAUCAGGGAGGUGGUCCUGCACCCCGAAUACAAGCCAGCCCCCCAUCUGAAGAAUGACCUCGCGCUGCUUAAGCUGGAUGGGAAGGUGAAACGCAGCAAGACCAUCCGGCCCCUGGCCUUGCCGCGAGGACGCCAGGCAGUGGCCGCAGGAGCGCGGUGCAGCGUGGCCGGCUGGGGUGUGACCCACCAGAGUGGGCAACUGGCCAGGGCACUGCAGGAGCUGGAUAUGCACGUGCUGGACGCCAGGAUGUGCAACAACAGUCGGUUUUGGCAGGGUGGCAUCAGCCCCCGCAUGAUCUGCCUGGCAGCCUACUCCAAGAACCAGGCCCCCUGCAAGGGGGACUCGGGAGGACCCGUGAUAUGCAGCAGAGGCCAAGUGGCUGGAAUCCUGUCCUUCAGCUCUAAGAACUGCACCGACAUCUUCAAACCUCCCGUGGCCACCGCCGUGGCCCCCUAUAAGUCCUGGAUCGAGAAGGUCAUCGGCCACUAGCGGCCCGCUUCCCUAACCCGACCCUCCAGAGGUGGCCCGACUCCCCUUCUGUGCGCCAGCAGGAUUGCAGGGAGGGGCGGCCGGGGGCCCGCAUGUGUCAGGGGACCAAUAAACUCU